GAUCUAUGGAUCGCGCAUGAAUGAUGUAGGUAUUGUGAUUUUUUGUGGUCCACACUCCAAUUUUCUCGCUGAAAGAAGUAUAAAAUUAUCGUCUUAAAGCAGUUUUCUUUAGCGAAUAACUAUUAAUGAAACGUCGCAAAAAAGAGAUUAAAAACCGAUAAAAUUGUGUUAUUGUUGUUCUAUGGAAAAUAUGAUUCCUGUAUUUCUGAGUCUUUUAUAAUAUGAUUUCAGUUGAAGAUAGACCACAAAUUUCAAAUUGCUUUUUUUAUUGAUACUUCAAAUUGAAUAAUUUUGUUCAUAAAUGGCUGUUAAUAUAAAUCGCACAAUUGGAUUUGGUGAUUCAUUACUGACUCCUUCACCUUUACAGGUCUUUGGCCAAGCUAAAGAACAAAUCAAUAAUAUUUUUGUUGAUGUUCAAAACUAUGUACAUGACGCAUAUGAGCGUAUGAUUGAUGUGAAUAAUUUAUGUCCUGGUGUGAUUAAUGAAAAUGAAUUAGAUUCCAUAUUGGAUUAUAGAACUCAAGUCAGAGGAAUUUGUGAAGUGUUGACACGUGAUCAGAUGAAAGUUGCUUUUUUUGGCAGAACAAGCAAUGGAAAGAGUACAGUUAUUAAUGCGAUGUUGGGAGAAAAAGUACUUCCAAGUGGUAGGGGUCAUACAACUAAUUGUUUUCUACAAGUUGAAGGAUCUCCAACUGGUGAUGCAUAUUUAAUUACUGAAGGUAGUAAUGAAAAACAGAAUAUAGAAUCCGUUACACAUUUAGCACAUGCAUUGAGUAAUGGAAAACAAUUGAAUGAAAAUGAAUUGGUACAUGUUUAUUGGCCAAAAGACAAAUGUAGGUUAUUAAGUGAUGAUGUAGCUUUAGUUGACUCUCCAGGAAUAGAUGUUACACAACAUUUGGAUGAUUGGAUUGAUGCACAUUGCAUUGAUGCUGAUGUUUUUGUGUUGGUUGUUAAUACUGAUUCAUUGUUAUCGAAUACUGAAAAGAAUUUUUUUCAUAAAGUUUCAACAAAUUUAUCUAAGCCAACUAUAUUUAUAUUAAACAACCGAUGGGAUGCAUCUGCUAAUGAACCAGAGUUCAUAGACAAGGAACGUGAACAACACAUGGAGCGUGCCACGGAUUUCUUGGUGAAGGAGUUGAAAGUUUGCACACCUGAGGAGGUAGUGUCUCGUGUAUUUUUUAUUUCUGCUAAAGAAGUAUUACAGGCUCGUGUUGAGGAACACAAUGGAUUUCCUCUUAAUAGUGGAGCAUUAGCUGAUGGUUUUGAUGCUAGAUAUUUGGAGUUUGAAGAAUUUGAACGUAGAUUUGAGGAAUGUAUCUCAAAAUCUGCAAUCAAGACUAAGUUUUUAAAUCAUUCACAACAAGGGAAACAUAUAGUCAAAGAAAUGCAUAAAAUUAUGGAAACAAUUUACAAAAGAAUUCAAGAACAAACAAAUUUAAAAACAUGCCAAAAAUAUGAACUACAAAAAAAGUUGAAUGUUAUUGAACAACAACUUAUAAGUAUAACAAAUCAAAUGAAAAUGAAAAUCCAACAGAUGGUUGAUGAUGUGAAGGACAAAGUAUCUAAAGCGCUGAACGACGAAAUUCGAAGAUUGUCGGUUUUAGUUGAUGAAUUCAAUUUACCAUUUCAGUCAGAAGAAUUAGUUUUAAAUGUUUAUAAAAUUGAACUCCAUAGCCACGUGGAAGCAGGUGUUGUUAGCAAUUUACGAACUAGACUAUCUACUGCAUUGGCUAAACAUAUAGAUCAAUGUCAAAAAGAAAUGAUUGAUAAAAUGUCAACAUUAUUACCAGACGAUGAACACAAUAUCAAUGUUACAAAUCCCCAUCGUGAACUUGAAGUUUUGUUUAGUUUACCUUGUGAUAAUUUAUGUGACGAUUUUCAUGAACAACUUGAAUUCAAAUUCUCUUGGGGCUUAUCCAAAUUAGUUACUCGUGUACUAACAUUAGUCAAUAAUUGGUCACGUAAUCAAUCAAGGGUUCUAAUAUCUCCAUCUCACAAUCCAUCAACCAGUGCUGUUGAUGGUUCGUUCAAUAGUUUUGAUCAAAAUUUAGCUGUGGAAAAUAAUUUAUCCAUGAUAUCUCGUGUAGUAGCUGCGUCUGUUGGUACUCAAGGUACUGUGGGAGGACUUGUAUUAGCAGGACUUAUGCUGAAAACAGUUGGGUGGCGUUUGAUCAUAGCUACUGGUACUAUUUAUGGUGUUCUUUAUGUAUAUGAGCGUUUGUCUUGGACAACUAAGGCAAAAGAACGAGAAUUCAAAAGACAAUAUGUUGAACAUGCUACUACUAAGCUUCGUUCGAUUGUUAUUGUCACAUCUGCAUAUUGUAGUCAUCAAGUACAACAGGAACUUUCUACUAGUUUUGCACGAUUGUUCCAAUUGGUUAAUGAAUCGGCUUCUGAUCUUAACGGUGAAAUGACAAAUUUGGAUCGAGAAAUUAGCAUGUUAACUCAAUUCUCUGAAGUUGCUGAGGUUUUAAGAAAUAAUUCAGACUUAAGAAAAGUAGAAUACGAGCGGUUUGAUGAAACUUUUCUAUGUGUACAAAAUUAGGUAGUUAGUCAAAAUGUAAAAUUAUUGUAUUAUACCUAUUUGUUGAGUA